CAUUUUAAUCAUCCCUAGCUCCCUCGUUUCAUAUUGUGCGUGCUUCAUCUUGGCCGGGGUCUCACUGCUGAAUAACUGUGCCGGUGUAGAAACACUUGAAAAACACCUGUAAGAGAAAAGGAAUUCUGUGUGCGCCGCCUUUACGGUAAAGCCGCUUGUUGAUCCCGCCCCCUCUUUGAUAGAAAUCUCGGCGAUGUCGCUUCGUCUUUAACGAGCUUGACCCAGAACCCAGGGAAGGAGGGGAAAAGAGGGGAGAAAGCAUACUAAAAUCGGGAUAGUCUACGGGAACGGGGCAGCCUUUCGACGAGCAGCUCCUGCUCUGCUGUCUCUGUCUGUCUACGGAGGAUAAUAUCAGCCCUGUCCUGGCUGUGACCAUAUAUGGGCAUGUGUAGUGCAGGACAGCAAUGUGUGAUUUGCUCAGGUGGGAGGUAAUGGCUCAGGGACCAUUUGUUUAAAUCCUCCUUGUUUCUGGGCUGGGUAGUUCUGUGAUCUUCUACCCAUGAGCAACUAGAGCUCAACCUCUGACCUUGGCGUGAUCUCUCACCUCUACUACCAAACCACGCCCGCAGGUGAAGUGUGUAUGGAGCAGUGUGAGAGCGCAGCGGCUCUGCUGGAGUCGGUCAGGGAGCAGGAGGUGCAGUUUGAACAGCUGACCAGGGCGCUGGAGGAGGAGAGGAGGAGAGUGGGCCUCCCUGCCACCAGCCCCUCGGCCUUGGGUCGCACCCUCCCCCACACACAGAACGGGCGUUUGGGGGAUGCAGACAUAGAACGACUGAAACUAACUGACGCAUACAUAAACGGCACACAGUACAGAAUGGUGGACCCUGCACACGGCGCUGUAGAUGACAGCUAUACACCAGAGGAUGACUCCCAGGAAGUGCACUCUGUCUUUUCUGAGGAAGGAACUGCACGACGCCAAGACAAUGGCAUGAAGAAACCAAUCUCGCGGACAGUCCUGCCCUCUGACUCCAUGUCCAUCGAUGGCGUGUCUGGUAUGGGCGGCUACAGCGCCACACUAGACCGUCCUUACAGGCAGCCUGGAGCAGGAGACUACCCCACUGCCACGGUGCCCAGGAACUACCACUAUGGUCCUGUUGGGGGUUAUGAUGACUAUCGUGGAGGCCCACCUUCAGAGGCAUAUCCUAGCUUGAGCAGGGGCUCACACAUGGACGACCGCUACAGGCCUGUUGAUGGCUACAGGACCCUGGACUCAGGCUACCGAGCCCCAAGCCGCCAGCAGCUCGACCCAUAUGCAGCACAGCCCCAGGUGAGCCGGGGGAUGAGGGCCCUGGGCUCAGCGAUGGAGAUGAGGUAUGGCCACGGUCACUACGGUCUGGAGGAUGACCAGCGCAGUGUGGGAUAUGAUGACUAUGGCAUGGGCCCUCCACCCAUGCACCCUGGUGGUUAUGGCACCAUGCCCCGCCUGGGACCUGGCCCUGGGGGUAUGGACAGACGAAGACUCAGGAGCUGUGAGGACACUUUAGAUGGUGACAUGGGAGGAGUUGACCCUUAUGCGUGGGGUGUUCCCAUGACAAUGGAGAGGGGGAGCAUGGCGUCUUUGGACAGCACGCUGAGGAAGGCUCCUCCCGGUACGUGGAGACAGCCAGAGCUGCCAGAGGUCAUUGCCAUGUUGAACUACCGCCUGGACCCUGUCAAGACUAAUGCUGCUGCUUUCCUGCAGCAUCUCACAUUUAAAAAUGAUAAGGUUAAAUCAGAGGUGCGUCGCUUGAAGGGCAUCCCAGCCCUGGUGUCACUGCUGGACCACCCCAGUAAAGACGUUCACCAUUCGGCCUGUGGAGCACUAAAGAACAUUUCAUUCGGGAGGGAUCAGGACAACAAGAUUGCCAUCAAGAAUUGUGAUGGAGUCCCCGCAUUGAUCAGAUUACUGAGGAAAACCCAUGACCAGGAUCUGACUGACACCAUAACAGGCACCUUGUGGAACCUUUCAUCACACGACUCGGUAAAGAUGGAGAUUGUCGACCAUGCCCUUCACGCUCUGGCAGACGAAGUGGUUGUCCCGCACUCUGGCUGGGAGCGAGGGAGCAAUGGAGGAGGAGAGGAGAGCUGCAAACCACGGCAUCUGGAGUGGGAGACCGCCUUGACCAACACUGCUGGCUGCCUUAGGAAUGUGAGUUCAGAACGCAGCGAGGCCAGACGAAAGCUGAGAGAGUGCACAGGAUUAGUGGAUUCACUCAUGUACAUUGUCCAAUCACAGAUUAACCGCAAGGAUGUGGAUAACAAGCUGGUGGAGAACUGUGUCUGCCUCCUUAGAAAUCUCUCCUAUCAUGUUCACCGUGAAGUUCCCGGCUCUGAGCGCUACGUAGAGGCCACACCCCUCAACCAGGGACCAGUCCCUGCUAACAAGGGCGGCUGCUUUGGCUCUCGAAAAGGCAAAGAUGAGUGGUUUUCCAAAGGAAAGAAGGAUGGAGAUGAUGGGAGCGCAGAUCAGAUUGAUAUCCCAAAGAGGACAACACCUGCCAAAGGCUACGAGCUUUUGUUCCAGCCAGAGGUGGUUCGUGUUUACACUUCACUGCUCAGAGAGAGCAAGAACCCCUCAGUCCUGGAGGCUGCUGCUGGUGCAAUCCAGAACCUGUGUGCUGGCCGAUGGACUUAUGGUCGGUAUAUUCGGGCCACUGUGCGUCUGGAAAAAGGUCUUCCAAUGAUGGCAGAGCUGCUGGCUCAUGGCAAUGACCGCGUGGUUCGGGCGAUGUCUGGAGCCUUGAGGAACCUCGCCAUCGACAACCGUAACUGUGAACUGCUUGGUUUGCAUGCAGUGCCUCACCUUGUGGCCAAUCUGCCCGGAGGCCAGAGCCAGUCUGGGCGCGCUCUGUCAGAGGAGACGGUGGUGUCUGUACUGAGCACGCUUGCUGAGGUACUGGGCAACAGUUUGGAGGCAGCAAAGACCCUCCGAGCGUCGCAGGGCAUUGAGAGGCUGGUUCUCAUCAACAAAGAUGGUAAGCGAUCAGAGCGUGAAGUGCGAGGGGCAGGUCAGGUACUCCAGCUCGUCUGGGCCCACAAAGAGCUGCGUCGGCCUCUGGAGAAGGACGGCUGGAAGAAGACAGACUUCAUGGUCAACCUCAGCCCCAAUACCAGCACCACCAAUGGUCCCAGCACCCGGGCCAACGGCACCUAUGAAGAUAGCACAACGCCAUUGUUAGACAGAGGGGAGAAGAGGGACAUGAUUCCAUUGAACGACCUUGGCCCUGAGGCCUACUCUACACUGGACCAGAGGGAGAGAAGACAUACUCUAGAUGAAACCACAGACACUUUACCGCGAGGGGUGUAUGGGGGCAGAAAGGGCUCCUUGCCCCUUUUGGACUCCUACGAUGGUUAGCCCUCCCCCUCCCCUCUACCCCCCUCUGCAUGUAACAGCAUGAAAAACUGAUCGUGUGUAUCACCCAGACUGGGCCAUCCCUGCCCUACCACUGCUACUGAGGAGAGAAGAUUCAGAUGCACAGACUCUCUCCCUUUUGCCCCCCUUUCCCCUCCUCUCCUCUUUUUUCUCUCUAUCAACACACAGAUGGGAUUAGAAGACGAGGGUCGGCAUCCAAAGAAAGUGGUUGUGUUGCAAGCUUUUCAUGCAACACGCACAACAUACACAAUUAAAGACAUAGAUACACAACUUCUUUUGACAAAUUAUUCAAGUGUAGCAACAAAUAUAUUCCGUUUUUUAAAUUAUAAUUCCUCUGUAAAGGCAAUCACCUUUGUUGACAAUCAUUUAAUUCUGGUGUUGUCAUCCUGCUUGUUUCUAUAUUUUCUUGCUAAAACAGUUUGGUCAAAAAGUUGCUGCAAACACCCACAUCCUAAUGAUGAAUUUGUACGUAGACUUCUAUGUAGGGUAUAUACUGUAUAUAAAAAGAAAAUGGGAUGACUGCAUUAGUUUCGGCUCAUUAAUUUAAAUCGUCCCUUUACUGGGAUUGUUGGGAGAUUUGGACGGAGUGACGGACCGCCCUGUAGAGCGAGAAUGUUGUUUAUAGAUGAGUUAUUUUCCUGUCUAGAGUUAUUUUCUCUCGGUUGGGACGAGCACAGAUGCAGACAAGAAAGGGCAGGUGUGUGUAUAUUUGUCAUACAGUAAACCUGUGGCCAUGUUUGUGUGUGGAAAAUUGAUAUGGACCUUUGAGUGUUUGAGUGAAUGUGUGCAUGGACCAGACCUAUAAGACCACACAUUGAUAAUUUUAUCAGUUUAUGUUGUUUUUAACUUGUGCUCCUACUCCUGUGACAAAGCAUUGAUUCAUCCAUUUUUUAUGUACUGACUGCUUCUUUUUGUGUUUCAUACUUUAAUUUCAGCUUAGUUUCUGCUCCCAUAAAGAAAACUCUGACAGUUUAAGCUUCUUAAACGCAUCAAAUCACAUAAAAUGUGGUACUGAUGUGUUACGCUGAAAACCCAAACACUACGAAACCACUACAAUAAUUUAACCUCUGCUUUAUUAAUCCUUUCUGGCUCCUCUAUGAUGGACUUGCAGCCUAAUCGUUGCUUUAUCCUUUAUUUAGACAAAGUGACAAACACUUAAGGAUACUCUCCUGUAAAUAAUAUCUCCACUUUAAAAUCUGAACUUUUACAAAUCACUACUUGCUCUUUUUAUUGGCCUUGUCGUCUUAUAAAUAAACACUUUAAAAAUGGCAGGCUUUUACCAUCAGAGCAGACUCGAGUUUUAACAGAUACUGACCUUUAAUUUAAUACAGGAGAUGGACGAAAAACUCUAUUUCCUAUAUACCUUUUUUAUUUUUUUUAUUUUUCACUUUCUGUCUGGUUUGUGUUUUAUUUUGGUGGGUGAGAGCAUUAUGCAAUUUGUUCAGCUUUUUUAGUCCCAGUUUUACCGUUACAGUUGUUUUUAAGGAAAGAGACCAAUCAUCUUUGUGUUUUUGUUGUUUUUUUACUCUCCACACAGUAUAUUUGUAAUGUUGCCUAUCCAUGUAAAAUUAUGAUGUACCAUUCAUACCUGCCUUGGCUCUGAGAACUUGCUUUUUCAGUAAAGUAUGUAUCUGGUAAUACUGUUGUUUUUAUAAAUAAAGAUCUUUUCUUAGACAA